UGCAAACCACAGAGGUCGCCUGUGAGCAAAAGGCCAAGCGGCUCUAACACGUGAACGCGCGGGGAUCCCUCUAUCGUGACCGCGCACACACUCUGAAACAAGCGCAGCUGAAUUUGGCAGCCUCCUGACACUUCGCACAGACCGGGCAGGGUUUGAAGAGGUCCCGCAUGUCUUCUCAAAAGUUUACACUGGAGAGGACUUGUAUAUGAUGGGAAGAAACUCGAAGAGACACUGCUAAUCGUUUGAGUUUGAGAAGGAAUAGAAAAGAUCAAUGAGGAUUUCUGGCAUGGCUGUGUUCAAGCAACAGAAUGUGGAAGAGUUUUAUGAGAUUAGAGAAGAGCUGGGAAGCGGGCAGUUUGCUAUCGUGAAGCAGUGCAAGGAGAAGAGCAGUGGGCUUGAGUACGCUGCCAAGUUCAUCAAGAAGCGCCAGAGCCGUGCCAGCCGGCGGGGGGUGAGGCGGGAGGAAAUCGAGCGCGAGGUCAACAUCCUCCAGCAGAUCCAGCAUCCCAACAUCAUCACCCUGCACGACGUUUAUGAGAACAGGACCGACACGGUGCUCAUUCUUGAGCUGGUGUCUGGAGGGGAGCUGUUUGAUUUCCUGGCACAGAAAGAGUCUUUGAGCGAAGAAGAAGCGACCCAGUUCAUGAAACAAAUACUCGACGGGGUCGACUAUCUGCACUCCAGGAAAAUCGCACAUUUUGAUCUCAAGCCAGAAAACAUAAUGCUGCUGGAUAAGAACGUUCCUUUGCCACGUAUCAAACUGAUUGACUUCGGCCUGGCUCACAAAAUCGAAGAUGGAGUUGAGUUCAAAAACAUUUUUGGAACUCCAGAAUUUGUCGCUCCGGAAAUCGUCAACUAUGAACCACUGGGACUGCCUGCAGACAUGUGGAGUAUUGGAGUCAUCACCUAUAUAUUAUUAAGUGGGGCGUCCCCUUUCCUAGGCGAGACAAAGCAGGAGACUCUUGGAAACAUUUCAGCAAUGGAUUAUGAAUUUGACGAGGAAUUCUUCAGCCGCACCAGUGAACUGGCAAAGAAUUUCAUACGGCAGUUACUAGUGAAAGACACUAGAAAAAGACUGACAAUCCAAGAAGCUCUUAAUCAUCCAUGGAUUAAGACCCACGAGAGCAUGGAGGAAACCAAAGUCCUGGAAACUAAAAAGCCAGAACGACGGCAGCUGAAGACGAAGCGCCUGAAGGAGUACACCAUCAAGUCCCAUUCAAGCAUGCCGCCCAACAACACCUACGUCAACUUCGAGCGAUUCACCCUUGCGGUGGAAGACGUCUCCGUAAUGGAGACCAGCGUCAGCGCCAUAGCGGUGGCCCAAGACUCCCUCCAGGAGGACAUCGACGCCUUGAUUUCCAUCUAUAAUGAAAAGGAGACCUGGUACAAGGAAGAAAGCGAGAGUGUGAGGCAUGAGCUCUCCCAGCUCCGGUACGAGUACCGCAAAGUGGAAUCCAUGAAGAAACACCUGCAAGAUGACAUUAAAACCGUGGACUCCAGCAUCACAGACAUCACUGGCAAAUACAUGGAGCGGAAAUCUCACUUUGAAGUCUUGGGUCAGGAACUCUCAUCCGAAGUGAAGUGGGUGCAAGACGUAAUGAGCUCCUUUCAGAUGGACAAUGGCAGUGGAAGCUUCUCCAAUGGAGAUUUUGCUUCUGUUUUUAAUAAAGAUGUGAAUGAGGCUUUGAAGGAGCUGUUAAACAGCUCUUGUAGUGGAGAGCUGCUUUCAGGCAUGAAUUUAGACCUUACAGAAUGAAGUCAGUGAUUCAAUCUGAGGCCCUAUUUGGCUGUGUUAAUGUAAACGUAGUGUAUUUUGCACAUUUUUAAAAAGUAAUUAAUAUUAACAUAUACAGUAUAUUGUAUAGUUUUUCUUUUUUCUUUUUAUAAAAUUGUAGUUGUGUGUUAUAAUAAUUUUUCGGUGCUAUAUUUAGCUAUUUCUUUGAGUUUUAUGUAAUUUUUUUUAUAUAUACUGUAUGAAAUUUUAGUUUUCAGUUCCUUUCCAAAAUUCUUGUACCUUCUUUCCUUUGCUGUCUUCCACAACGAAAUCCUUAUGGUCACGGGCACAUUCAAAUGGGGUUUCUGUUUUUAGGCAUUUUUCUACAUUUUGCCACAAUUUGCAAUUGUGUUUUAAGUUCCACGAGCGUGUAAAUACUCCCUAUGGAACUGUAAUAGCUUUAAAUCUCAUGAGAAAGAACAGUGCUCCGCUCUAGUAAUUAAAUCUUGCACGCGCGGGGUGGUUUUAAAUUAUUCAGAAUGAAUAAAUGAGAGAUACAAGUCAGGAAGGAGGGACUGCCAUUGGUUUUUUUUUGUAGGUUACUGUAUUUUUCCCCACUGGGAAAGGGGUGAAGUCAACGAAUUGAGUAACCAUUUCCAGUGUUUUUCCGGUGUUUACUGGAUAUGCACCGAUUUCAUUUUUUUUGUAUCUGGGGUGUUUUAUCAUUUUUUAUCGGUUAAAACCGAAAAUCAGAAGCCCUAAUUUAUAAUGUUCAAUAAAGCUCCAAUUUGCUAUUUUCUAUUAAAGAUUCAUGGAAAAGAAAAUUCAGCAGCUGGCUAAGUAACUCCAUGGAUUAUUGUGAUCGCCUUUCACUGACAAUAUUCAAAUACAGGCUUUAUUUUUUGUUCGCCUGACCAGUUUGUACUAAAAACACUGGGAACUGUAGCACUUUAAUAACAGGUUUUCAUUGUGCUGUGGAUGCUCAGAGAGCGUUUGUGUGGAUCUCCACCCUUCUUUUACAAAGGUCAGUCUGUGUUGACACAUUGGUUAUCAUGACAGCAAUGACUGACUGGAGUGAUAUAUAACUUUGACAUCACUACAAAAAAAGAAUAAUAAUAAUAAUAAUAAUAAUAAUAAUAAUAAUAAUAAUAAUAAUAAUUUGCUCAUGAUUUUCUAUUUUAAAACAGUUUGUGUAAGUUCAAGAAGUUGCCCAGCCAAACUUUGCAAAAACAUAUAUGCAUUAUAAAAUAGAUACUUUACAUAGAUAGGAAACUUAACGUGGUACAAUUAUGCACACAGUGACUGAAGGGGAUAUUGACAUGGUAUUUGUUGUAUUUUCUGUUCAAUAAAUCAAUAAAACUGUUGACUUACA